CCAGUAAUGACCUUUAGUGUUAUAGUAUUCUUCUGUUCAAUUAAUGAAUGUUUUCAGAUGCUUUUCAUUAACUUUAUUGUUCCAAUUUUAUUUUAUAGGUGAAAGCAGCAUGGCAGCAUCUGGCAAAAUUGCUUCUUUCCGUUUACCCCCACUGCCUACAAUUGGAGAAAUCAUUAAGCUGUAUAAUUUGAGAGCAGAAAAGCAAUUGUCACAAAACUUCCUCCUUGACUUAAGACUAACAGAUAAAAUUGUUAGACAGGCAGGAAAACUGCAAAACUCUUAUGUCUGCGAAGUUGGUCCUGGUCCUGGAGGAAUAACAAGAUCAAUUCUGAAUGCUGGUGCAGCUGAACUUCUUGUAGUUGAAAAAGAUACUAGAUUUAUACCAGGUUUACAGUUAUUGGCUGAAGCAGCUCCAGGCAAAUUAAGAAUUAUUCAUGGUGAUAUACUAUCCUUUAAAAUGGAAAGGGGCUUCCCAAGACAUAUUGCUAAAACAUGGGAUGACGAUCCCCCAGAUUUGCACAUUAUUGGAAAUUUGCCUUUCAGUGUUUCUACUCCUUUAAUCAUCAAAUGGCUUGAAAAUAUUGCUAACAAAGAUGGACCUUUUGUGUUUGGACGCACUCAGCUGACCCUCACAUUUCAAAAAGAAGUAGCUGAGCGGCUCACUGCAAGCACAGGCAGCAGACAGAGAAGCAGACUGUCUGUCAUGGCACAGUAUCUCUGCACGGUGAAGAACUGUUUUACCAUUUCGGGUCGAGCUUUUGUCCCAAAACCUGAAGUAGAUGUUGGAGUCGUCCACUUCACACCACUUGUAAAGCCACAGAUUAUCCAGCCGUUCCCUUUGGUGGAAAAGUUAGUAAAGAAUGCUUUCCAGUUUCGACGGAAAUACUGCCGAAGUGGAAUUGAACUGCUUUUUCCAGAAGGCCAACGUGUAAAGCUUGCAGAACGAUUGUUUCUUACAGCUGAUGUGGAUCCCACUCUUCGUCCUAAAGAGCUGACCAUUGGCCAUUUCAGAAGCCUUGCUGAUGCUUACAGGAGGUUAUGCAAUGAAAACUUAAAUUUGUUCAAUUACAAUUUCAGAGAUGAACUGAGACAGAAAAAAUGGAGUUGCAUUGGUACCAGAAAACAAGAAGAAUAAAGAAUAUGUGUUUUUCUUAAAGGAUAAUGGACUCAGUAAAGCAAAGCCCGCUUAUUAGGUUUGACAUUCCUCUACACCAGGACAUAAAUAUUUAAAAAUAAAAGGUUUUUGCAUGAAAAUAAAAUGGUUUCUUAAAAAUAUAAAAAGUCAGACAAAUAAAGUAAGUGAUGAUGGCUGCUAAAAAUAUGACAGGAGCAUUGAGUAAACAUAAUGGAAAAAACAACAUUAAAAAGUCAGGGCUUACUUUGUCUUUAUGUGCAUUUUAAAAUAUAAAUGUAUAACAGGAUUUUUGUAUCCUCGGUUAAAAUGUUCUAUGGCCUUGACAUUCUGAAUGUUAAACUGUCCAAUAAUGACAGCAAGUAAAUCUCUAAAGGAGCACAUUGGAUAGAGGAGUUUCCAUUAAUUUCAAGUGGAUGAAUUGAGUUCUUCCAGCUGCCAUCAUGAUGGUACCCAUUCAGGAAAUAAAAUCCAGAAAUGAGUGGAUCUCCAUGAAAAGAUUCCUCGAUUAUUAAAAGGCCACAUGGAUCUGCACAGACCGCUUUGAUGCUGCCUGUUUGCCCAGCUUUGAAAGAUUGCAAAUACACACUUGACCUAUCUCCUGACUAGCUGCUAUAAACAGCAGGUACUCUUAAACACUGUAAGAAAUGGCUGGCAGCUCAACCCGGCCAGGACGCCCCUUGCGGUGGAAUGAUGGGGGAAGGCAGAUUUUCAAGGACACUGCCUCCCCCAAAACACUAGAUGGCAGCUCCCCUGGAGUGUAACGAUGCCCCAGAUUCCCGCAGGGCAUCUUGGUACUUAGAGUUCGGUUGCUCAGCCCUAUUGGGCACCAUGGAUGCCACCACGAGGAGCCAUGCCUCAUCCAUAGCCCAGAAGAACUAUCAAGUCACGUGGACCGGAAGCUCUGAAGUACUUCCAGGCUGAUUAAAGAGCUCUGUCUGAUCUGGAAGUGCUGGCAUGUCACAUGGAUGAAAGAGUAGAACCACUUCCGGGUCAAGAAAUAUUUAAAGGACUGCUGAAGACCCAGCAAGUGAACCAGAGUUGGGAGGUAGAGCACAGAGCUUGCUGGGAGGUGUAGAGGAGAGAAUCGUAAUUAUUAGUGUAUUUAUUUGCCUGUUUAUUGAUGGUGGUGGUGC